UAUUUCGUGCCGCCAUGCUAUAACUCUGCUGCUUCGUGCAGCCUGUAGGAGUCAUAACGUAGUAAAGGGCGGUUGCCGCAGCCCGCGAGGCAUUAGUUUUUGAGCGGCAGAAGACGAAAUGCUGCCCAUCCUUGCAAGGAACGCGACAGGCUCUUCCUUGGCGCGCUUGGCAGGUUUGCGCUGGGCUGCCGCUGCCUCGGCGAAUCAGGAAUACAGUAGCCUCUUGACUGUUGAAAAGCAUGGACCUGGCGGAAGGUCAUCGGUCAGCGGCGUUGUUGCAACUGUCUUCGGCAGCAACGGCUUUGUGGGCUCCUAUAUUGUGAAUGAGCUGGCGAAGUGCGGUUCUCAGGUCGUCUGCCCGUUCCGGAGCACGGAGAAUGAGGCCAUGCACCUUAAGCAAAUGGGCGACCUUGGGCAGGUUGUGCUGCUGCCAGAGCUUGACAUCCGGAACGAUGAACACAUCAAACGGGCGAUCAGCAGGUCCAACGUCGUCAUCAACUGCGUUGGCAUGCGGCUUCAGACUAUGAACUGGAGCUUCGAGGACGUGCAUGUGGACUUCCCUAAGCGGCUUGCGAAGAUUGCCGCGGAGUCCGGGCACGUGGACCGCCUUAUCCACUUCAGCGACAUGGGCGCGGAUGUGAAUCACAAGUCAAAGCGCAUGCGCACGAAAGCGUUGGGCGAUGAGGCUUUGCUUGAGGCAUUCCCCUCCGCCACAAUCAUGAGGCCCGGCGACAUCGUGGGCAUUGAGGACCACUUUUACAACUACCUGAUCUACCAGCUGACGCUCACGGUAUUUGCGCCUGUGGUGGAGACGGGUUCCAACAAGUUGCAACCCACCUACGUGUUGGACGUGGCGGACGCAGUGACCUCAGCGCUGCGGAAGCCGGAGAGCAAGGGCCAGACUUACUACCUCGGCGGGCCGGAGGUGCUCACCGUUCGCGAGGUGUACGACCUGCUGCUGAAGACCCUGCGCAUCCACCGGGAUGAUACCUGGCACCUUCCCGCAUGGAUCGUCAAGGCCAUGUACAAGCCCAUGGACUCCGUUCGCCGCAAGCUGCCGGGGUUGCCGAUGACCAGCCCCAUGGCGACGGAUGACUACGUCGAGGAAUGCCUGCGCGACAAGGUGGUGCCGGCAGGCGUCAAGGGCUACGCUGACUUGGACAUAGUGCCACAGAAGGUGACGGACGGCCUGCCCAUCGAGCCGGUUCGCCAUGCACGUGUGGGCGGCUACAGGUGGGGUGAUAUGGCCAAUGUGGCCAAGGACGUCCCGGAGUCUGUGCGGAAAUACUACAACAUCAAGCAGUGAAAGGUGUCGAUUGCUCGAGCUUCCGUGCAUUACAUGCUCUUGGCGGCUGUCUGCCCGUGAUGGUCGACUGCCGCUCUGCUUUCAGCGCCGCCUGCCGACGUGGGACUCCUGGCGGAAGGCUACUAUAACCGGCGCUGGCCACGCACCCUUGCUGGUUGCCUGUUGGCCAGCGGUUUUUGGACGAGGGCCGCUGUACAGGAAUUGCAUGUCUGGUGUGUUAGUCUGAUGCGUGGCAUGUAAAGGAAAAAGGCUUAUCUGCAUUAUGUGGUCGGUAGAUCUUGCACUUCGCGCGUCUUCCUCUGGGUGCGUAUUCCGCGUGUAUGGUGACUCCACUGGUGGCUGGGGUGCGGCUUAGCUCUGCGUGUGGUUCUGUUGCCUUCAGGAAUGGUAGUUGCUUAGUAGGGGGCUGGAAGUCCUGCGGGGGAGGUUCCUCACCAUCGCGCAGUUGACAGAAAGGUAAAGGUGUGUCUACCGGGUUUUCCUUCCCUAGUAACUGGCGUGCAUGGUACGAUGCAGAUGGCAUUCCCCAUAAAUGAAGUGAAAGUUUGACUCGCCAAGCCCACAUUUCAAAGUUCCAUGUCCCCGCUGUUGUUAUGCAAAGUUCAAAACUGCACUGUCCAGGAUGGAUUUCGGCAGGAGGUUUGUAAACGCGAGAGGAUGAAG